CCCAAGCCCAGAGGUCUUGGGGUUCAGAUGUCCCCGAGUCUCGCUUGCCCUUAGGAGGUGUCCACCAUUUCUAUAAAGUAGGUGUGUAGCCAAGAUCAUUCCACUGGGAGGCUAUAGUGGACUCUCAUAAGGUGUCCUGUCCUCAGUGCAUUGCACAGGUAUGCACCCACCAUUGCACACUGCCAUUCAAAAGUGAUCUCGGCCCCGGCAACAGACCAGUGCAGGGACUACAUUGGAUCUUAAUCCAGAAGAGGCCUAGUCACCUCUCUCUUCUGGAUCACAGCCUCACAGACUCUUCCGCUCUAGCCAAAAAACUUUAACCUCUGUGUGGUCAUACUACCUCGGGUGACUGACAGUGAGGUACUGGAGGCACUGUCAAGAAGCUCAGGAAUGCUGGACUUGGGUUGAUUGAACUGUGAUGGCUUUGUGACUGAUGAGAUACCUUUUGACUAUGACUGUGUUUUGUCAAAUUUACUGUGCUUUUUUAAAGCUAAAAGUUUCCUAUCAUCUAGGAAAUCAGUGCACAUUCCAGCAGUUAUACCCUGUUUACUUUUGCUUGGAUCUCAAAUUGAAUACUGUCAUACUAGCCCCCUAGCAUAUUAGUAAAGCUUCUAGUUUCCCUUUAGUUGGAGAAAAAGAGUGUUGUGUUGUAUGUGACAAUGUGCCACAUCACCUGUACCCUACUUUUCAAAAUCCUAGAUCCGCCCAUGCCUAGGGCUGCCACCCAGUGCCACUAGGGGUCAGACAGUGCCAGUGCCCAGCAGGAGGCUCCCACCCCCACACCGCUGCUUGGCAAUGACUGCAGGCACUGCCCACCACUGCUAGUAUCCAACACUGCCAUGGGGGCUCAGCACCACCCCCAGCACCCCAUGUCAAUGCCUGGCUCAUGAUCUUAAGGCCAUCACCACCAUACAACCCCCUGUGACACUGUCUGCCUUGCACCCCUGGCACAGUGCCAUGUAGGGGGUGAUAGCUGUGGGAGGAGCUCCCAGUCACUCCAGUACUGCCUCAGUCAGCAGGUGGAGGGAAAGGGUGAGUGCCCUCUGCCUCGAGUCCCAGGCCCACUGGCUGCUUACUCCUGGGACCUUGCCCUCCUCAUGCACUCCCCAGGGUGCCUGCCACCAUCCUGUGCCAUGUGUCCCCCCCUAGGACGGUUGCCCACACCAUGCACUGCCUCUCUAGGGGACCUGCCCCCUCCCUGUGCGCUCUCUCCCAUGGGCCCCUGCGCCCCACACACACACUGCUUGCCGCCUCAGCAGUAUCAGGUGCAGGAGGAAAUGACUUGUGGGAAGGAAAUCAGCUUGCAGGGCGCAUGCCGGGGCUGAGGUGCCAGCAAGGGACAGACACACGGACACAGCAUCCUGCAUCAGGAAAGCCCCCCAAGCCCAGCGCAGGGCACGAGUUAGAGGCCAAGGAAGGGUGCUCUCGUGGGCAUGGCGACCAGCACCAUGUCAUCUGCUGACUCCUCCAGCCACAGCACCCUGGAGGACCUGUCGGAUGCCUUCAGCUUGGCCCUGGAGCGCCAUGAGGACUCCAGCUCACUAGGCUCUGACUCUGAGUUCAGUGGGGUUCCCCCAUACCGCCAGACUGAUCGCUAUGGCUUCAUCGGGGGUGGCAGUGCCCAGAAUGCCCAAGUGCUGCCCCCAUUGGAGCUGCUCCGGCGCCGAGAGAGCAAAUGGCUGGACAUGACAGCCCACUGGGACAAGACCAUGGCCAGGAGGUACAAAAAGGUCAAGGUGCUGUGCCGGAAGGGCAUCCCCUCAUCCCUGCGUGCUCGCUGCUGGCCCCUGCUCUGUGGGGCCCAGGCCAUCAUGGAUCGCAACCUCGGAAAGUACCAGGAACUGGAGGAAGCCCCCGGCACCCAGCAGUGGCUGGAAACCAUUGAGAAAGACAUCCAUCGCCAGUUCCCCUUCCACGAAAUGUUUCUUUCCCCUGAGGGCCACGGGCAGCGUGGGCUCCUGCAGCUGCUGAAGGCCUACACUGUAUACCGGCCCCAGGAGGGCUACUGCCAGGCCCAGGGCCCCAUCGCUGCUAUGCUCCUCAUGCACAUGCCCGCUGAGCAAGCGUUCUGGUGCCUGGUACAGAUCAGUGAACGCUACCUGCCUGGCUACUACAGCCCUGAAAUGGAGGCAGUGCUGCUGGAUGGUGAGGUCUUCAUGGCGCUGUUGCGGCGUGUGUGCCACAGGGCCUACAAGCAUCUGCAGAAACACAACGUGGGGCCAAUGCUUUUUGUCACUGAGUGGUUCCUGUGCCUCUUCUGCCGCACCCUUCCCUUCCCCACUGUGCUGCGGAUCUGGGAUGCCUUCUUCAGUGAGGGGGUGAAGGUGUUGUUCCGGGUGGGGCUGGUGCUGGUGCGCCUGGCGCUGGGCUCGGGUGAGAAGCUGCGGGACUGUGUGGGGGUGGUGGAGACCCUGGAGAAGCUGCGCAACAUCCCACCAGAGCAGCUGCAGGAGGAUGCAUUUAUGGAAGAGGUCCAUGACAUGGCUGUCUCACACCGGGACCUGGAGCGUCAGUGUCAGGUGAAGCUGAAGAAGUUGCGCAAGGACUGGCCUAACUUUGGCCAGCGCCUGGGGCAGCGCCUGCCCAAUGCCAAGGCCAUCUUUGAUGAGCAGCAGCUGGAGGAGGUGCGGUGCCCUGGGAAGGGCAGGCAGACUGCAUCUCCCUUCCUCAUACCUGAGAUCGUGGUGGACCCACCCCCCAGGGAGCAGCGUUGCCUGGAGAGGGAGUGGCUGAAGGAGCAGCGCCAACUGGAGCAGGAGGCCAAGAAGCAGGAGCGGAAGAAGAAGCCUCCAGGCAGGAAGAAGCCAGACACACGUGGCAAGACCUUUCACAUGGGACAGCGGCCCACAAGCAGCCUAGUGCAAGGGCAUGAGGAGGGGGAGGAGCCCAGCCAUGCCAGGAGAAAAUCCACCCCCUAUCUAGAAACCUACUUCUGAGCAGGAAGGGAUGGGGCCUGGAAGAGAUUCUCCCCCUGCCACAUCAAGACCACAUCAGGACGAGGUGGUGCUUGGUUUGGUCAAGAGACUCUACCCUCACCUGAGGCAGGGCAGGGCAGGGCAGGGCCAGGCCAAGAGACUUCACCCCCACCUGAAGGAGAAGAUGGGGUGCGACCUGGCAAAAAAACUCCAUCCCCUGCUUAAAUAGGAGAGUAGGUGGGGAAUGAGCUGGCUGAGAGAUUCCAUCCCCUAUCUGGAGACCUGUUUCUUAACAGCAGGGAGCAUGACCUGGCCCAGAGACUCUGCCCACUGCCUGGAGACCUAUUUCUGGAUGGAAGAAAGCAGAAGAUAUGCUGUGGGUGGAGGCUGGUCAUUUGAGAUGGGCUCUGCC